AUGAGUACGAUACCUCUCUACGAAGACGCUGUCUUCUAUGAGCUGGCUGCAGAAAUAACUGGAGUGUGUGAGGCAGUCUCUAGAACCUCAUCACCAGCCACAGCUGAUGCCUUGUUGAGGCACAUUAUUGGCGCGCCAGAUCAACAAAAUCUCACCGAGGAAGACACAAUACAAGAUCCAAUACUUCUUGAACUCGAAAAUCUCAUGAUACGAGAGUUUUUCAGCUCGCCUUUCAUAUACCGACCCCUAAAUGGACAAGGUGCCAUUCGCCUUCUCACUCUCCACCCUGGAAGCCCGUGUGAACCGCUAAGAGGCACGCUUCAGCAUACCAUCAUCCAAGAAAAGGGGUUUGAAGCAAUCUCAUACACCUGGGGAGGGGAUUCUAAGCCUUGCUUCAUCCUUUUAGAUGGAUGUCAAAUGCCAAUAACUCAGUCUUUAUCCAAUGCUUUGAUUCGUCUAAGAUACCCAGACCGGAUUCGAAAGCUCUGGGCAGAUGGCGUCUGCAUUAACCAAACAGACAACAAGGAGAAGGGUAUACAAGUAGCGCUUAUGCCCACGAUUUACACCUAUGCGCGGAAAGUCCUGGUGGACCUUGGAGUAGAAGCAGACGGUAGUGAGAUGCUACCAGAAUUACUAAAAAGUCUCGGGAAAGUAGAUCUUGCUUGCAUUCGGGAGAUGAAAAAGUCGCCGGAAAACUUCCUCUCUAACGGGCUACCUCAACCCUACGCCGCAGAAUGGAGUGCUUUGGUAGCUUUCCUUUGCCGGCCAUGGUUCUUGAGAAUUUGGGUCAUUCAAGAGGUUGUUUACGCCCGUGAUAUAAGAUUUUUCUGUGGCGAGUGGGAGUCAAGAUGGGGGUCCUGGACCUUUGAUUUCGAUAAGGCUCGACAUGCGGCCAUGAGUCUAAUUCUCAAGCUGGGCUUACGUCUAACCCGGUCGGUGGUUGCAGAGAGGUUGGAAUUCCUCAGGAGAGAUAUUGAAUUCGCACCCCUGGACGCCCCGAAAGAAAGCCACAUCGAAUGUCUUGCCCUUGACCUAGUUGCUAAACGAGACUUCAUAGUGAAGUCCUGCCGGAAGCACCGAAAUUUGUACCCAGCAUUGGAACGAACGAUUUUUGCUCUUGAUGGGGUCAAGUCAUCGACAACACCGAUCAUGAAGCUAUUGGGACUGUUCGUUCAUAACGAAGCAACCAAGCCACAAGAUCGGCUUUAUGCAUUGAUUGGCCUUGCAGAAGAUAUCAACCUCGAGGAGUUUCCCCCCGAUUACGAGGAGACUUCGUACCAGACAAAUCUAAGAUUCGGCAGAAAACUGGUGGAGAAAGGACAAGGCAUGGAUCUCCUCUUCCAUGCUACCAAAAUAUCUUUGGAAGUUCAAAACCUAGCUCUUCCUUCUUGGGUACCGGACUGGACUCUACAGCGGUCACUAGGAAGCCAUUGGCUGAAGCUCGGGUGGGCGUAUAACCAAUAUUCUGGCGGCUUUGAGAGCCGAGUCGACUCGAAAUCCUACGUUUCACUGGUCGACGGAGCGAAUAACGUGCUCAAGGUCACAGGAUUCCGUGUAGAUAAGUUGGAAGCUGUUGUGAAGCUUUAUGAUGAUAUCCUCGAGUUUAAUCUCUCUAGUUUCCCUGCCGCAUCCAACACGUACUUCCAACGAACCGAGGCAAUCACGAACGGCGAUGUAUACUUUACAGGCCAAUCAUGGCCUGAAGUCCAAUGCAGAACGCUCAUUGCCGAUCAUCUCAACAGGACAAAGACUUCUAUCCCUGAUGCAAUACAACAAUACAAAGAAGCAAAGAGCAUGUUAAACAACGCUACCAAUGAUCAGAAACUCUCGAGUUUGAACUCGUGGAUGGAUGUCUGGAUCGGUCUGAUGCCCGAAUAUGCGUUCUGCAAAACCACACAAGGUUAUGUUGGCCUCGUUCCGCACGCGUCUUCUGAUAUGGAUGAGGUGUUUAUGUUUCAGGGAUCGGACCUCCCAUUUGUGCUACGGCCAAUUGGCCCAAUCCCAGGAUUUUACCGUUUCGUUGGUGGUUGCUACUUGCAUGGGUUGAUGAAGGAUGAGGCAUGGAAACUUGAACAUACUUUAUCAGAUAUCUUUCUCUUCUAA